AUGCUACAGCAGAGAUCUCACUUCCUUUUCCUUUCUUUCAAAGCAAGAUUCGCAACAGCUCCAAUCCUUCAUGGCCGUUCCCUCAAACUGACAUUAGACCACCCGAUUCUCUCCUUCUUGGAAGCAUGCUCUAACGUUGAAGAUUUGCGGAGAAUCCAUGCCAAGAUGAUCACAUCAGGUCUCAUUCAAGACCCCUUUGCCGCCAGCCGCCUUGUGAAGUUCUGCUGUCUUUCAACCUACGCAGAUCUCGAUUACGCUCGCUUGGUCUUUACCCGGAUUGAGGAGCCAGAUGUUUUCACUUGGAACAUCCUGAUCAAGGGCUACGCACAGAGCGAUGAUCCGGGGAGAGCAAUCUUGGUAUAUGAGCAGAUGCGGUCACGAGCCGUUAGUCCAAAUGAGUAUACGUUUCCCAUUGUAAUCAAGGCAUGUUCUCAUGUGGGUGGCGCCCGUGAGGGGGCAGCAGUCCACGGGCAUGCCACGAGGGCUGGAUUUGAGACGGUGGUUGAAGUGCAGAAUUCGUUGAUUCACAUGUACUCGAGCUGCAGCUUAAUGGGGAGCGCUUGUCGUGUGUUUGAUGCAAGCUCUCGGCUGGAUGUGGUGUCGUGGAAUUCGAUGGUGGGUGCACUGGCGAAGAAUGGGGAUCUGGAUUCAGCCCGUAGGCUGUUUGAUAUGAUGCCGGAGAGAAAUGUUGUGUCUUGGAAUGUGAUGAUUAAUGGGUGUGUCCAGUGUGGUUCAUUUAAGGAAGCAUUGGGUCUUUUCGAUGAGAUGCAAAGGCAGAACGAGAAGCCUAACGAGCCGACAUUGGUGAAUUUGGUUUUGGCUUGUGCUCAUCUAGGGGCCCUUGAUAAAGGAAGACAGUUUCACGCUCUUAUACGAAAGAGCAAGCUUACACAAAACCUUGUCUUGUUGACGGCGCUUAUUGACAUGUGUGCCAAGUGUGGUAGCAUCGAAGAUGCUCAGGAGCUCUUUGAGAAGGCCCCCAAGAGAGAUUUGGUUAUGUGGAAUGCUAUGAUCAAUGGGCACGCGAUACAUGGGGAUGCAAGAAGAGCACUUGAGCUUUUCAGUGAGAUGGUGGGGGCCUCUGUAAGGCCUGAUGGUGUCACCUUUGUUGGAGUCCUAACGGCGUGCAGUCAUGUUGGUUUAGUCAAUAAGGGGCGUGAGUAUUUUGAUCUCAUGACUCAGAUUUACCAUAUUUCUCCUGAAUUUGAGCACUAUGGAUGCAUGGUCGACCUUCUUGGCCGUAUGGGGUGCCUCUUUGAGGCUGAGGAACUCGUCAGGACCAUGCCAGUAAAAACAGAUGCUUCGGUUUGGGGUGCUUUACUCAAUGCUUGCAGGAUCCAUGGGAAUGUCGAGAUGGGAAUGCGUGUGGGGAGGAUUCUUGUAGAGUUGGAUCCACAGAAUUGUGGGCGGUAUACCCUUCUCUAUAACAUGUUUGCAGAUGGUGGGAUGUGGGAUGAGGCUGCGAGAUUGAGGAAGAUGAUGAGAGAUAGGGGUAUUAAGAAGACGCGUGGGACUAGCUCUAUUCAUUUGAAUGGUGGCUCACAUGAAUUUGUUGCAGUUGAUUGUUCUCACCCUGAAUUUAAGAGUAUAGCAGGUGUUUUGAAUGAUUUGACGGAGCAAUUGAAGUUGGAAGGAUAUGUUCUGUGUGUGGUAAAUGAAUGGUUGGAGGUUGAUUAG